CCCCUCAAAUUUCAAACGCAGCCGUCGCCAGCGCCCCCUGUCCCAAACCUACCACGCCCAGCAGCGCCGCAGCCAAUCCCCGAAACCCGCCGCCGCCGUCGCCGUCGCCGUCGCCUCCUCCGCUGCCGCCGCCAUGGGAAGGCUGGGCGACAAGUCCGACUAUGAGAGCAUCCGCGAGGCCCGCAUCUCCGAGAACAUGGCCCGGAUGGAGAUGCUCGGCCUGCGCCGCUGCGCCGGGGAGCUGAGCGCCAUCUCCUCCGCCCCCUCCCCCCGCGCCGGGAGCGUCACCCCGAGGAAGACCCCGAAGCCGCCGCGGGUCCUCACCCCGCUCCGCCGCUCGGGCCGCCUGAUUGCCGCCGCGACGCCGCCCGGCUCCGGCUCUCGCCGCUCCGCCCGGCUCAACGGGGACUCCGUGCAGCACAAGGCGCUGCCCUACAGAGGAGCGGACGCCGAGGAAGAGGAGCAGGAGGAGAAGUCUCCUAUGUACAUCGACAAGGAGAGGCUGCGGGUGCUGCAGGAGACGCGGUGCGACAGCAAGGCGAGGGGGUCCGUGUACGACCCCGUUCUUGGGAUCUGCUGCCAUUUCUGCAGGCAGAAGAAACUCUGCGGCGAGGAGGGCUGCAAGCGCUGUGGGGAAGGAGACUUUGAGCAGCAAUGCAUAGGGAAGACGGAGUGCUCCUCUUGCCAUUCCUCCUACGGGAUCCUCUGCCGUGCUUGCCUUAAAGUUAGGUAUGGUGAAGAGAUGGAAGAGGUGAGGAAGAACAAGAAGUGGAUGUGCCCUCACUGCGUUGAGGAGAAGGGUACCAAGAAAUACUGGAUAUGCAACAGCUCCAUCUGCUUGAAGAAGAGGAAGAUAGCACCAACCGGGAUCGCCAUAUUCCAAGCGCGUGAGCAAGGAUAUGCGUCGGUCGCUCACCUUCUCAUGGACCAGCUGAAGAGCCGCGGAUCAUUCUGACAACGACGCACGACUGCCUGGAGUUCCCCAGUUGCUCACUUCUUCAGUGAUUUUAGGGAUGAUUGAUGGUUGCGCUGGAUCUUUUGUUUCGUUGACGGUUUAGAUGGUAGACAGCUAGACUCUGUUGCUGAAAAAUGCCGAGCUACAGAAACCUUCUCCCAGAUGUUCCCAGAGUGACCUUCGCUGAAGAUCGAAGCAAGGAUUCUGCGUCUCUCAGAUGUAGCGGAUGAGCUUUGAGCUUAUCCAUGUAUGUUCUCUGUUGUUUGUAAAACGUCAGUUGUGUGCACUUGUGCUGUAGAAUCUAUGCUUUUGGUAUCAUUAGUGCUUCUUCGGUCAAGAAAAUAAAAGUCAAUGUCGUCGUAAAAA